CGCCCUCCGCCGAGCUCCCGCCGCCUCAACUGACUCCCCCCGGCCCCCGCCGCAAGGGCCCGGGACCCUAGAGGAGGCGGGACUAUCGGGUGACGUCAGCGGGCGGGCCCGACCGACUAUCCGCGGCUGCCGGGUUGGGAGGCGGACUGAGGAAAUAUAGUCACUUCCCUCUGGCAGCGAGGCGAGAGGAUGAUGCGGAGUGGGCUACCGAUACAUGAGAGCCAGUGGCACCGAGAGGACGCAGAAGCCGCGAGGAAGGAGGCGCGCGUGGGAGGAUCGGGCUAACUCCGUCACGGACGCUACCAACUCGCGCUCGGAGGAGGGGGGACGCGUGUCAUCACUACCUCGCGCUCCCGGGAGACGCUACCACUCACCUGGAGGGGGCGGUAGAGCGGAGGACGGGUCCUACUACCUUAGGGACAGGGCGCAGUGAACAGGCUGAAGCUACACUACCAACCCGGGGGCUUGACCUUAGUGGCAAGCCGAGACUGCGCAUCCCGGGAGUAAAGCCAGGUUGCUGGGCUACACUGGGGGCAUCGUCAGAGGUCUGGAGAGGCGGUUGGCGGUCUGAAGGGUACUGGGCGCCAACCUGCUGGGACUCAAAUUCCUGUGGGAACGAUAAGGAGCAGGUUUACAGACAAUAAGUGCAAGCGCGGGCGGGAAGGGAAACCCAGGCGGGACAAGGACUUUUGAAGGGAGGUCAGAGGGCAAGAAGUUGUGCCUGCAGCUGUUACCGUAGUAACCAGGGACCGGAUGUGGCGAUCUUACGAUGCGACAGCCCUCUCAGGCCUUCUAGCCGAGAGCCUGUCGACUCCGGCACUCGUGUUUUCAGCGAAGGAAGAAGCGAGGAAUAUUUUUAAGCAUUUAUGGGAAUGCGCGCGGCAAAGGGAAGGUUUGAGGUUGCUGCCAUGCCUGGCAGGGAGGCAGUUUACAUGAGAAUGCGGCCGCAGGAAAGGUUCGCCGCAGCCUUCCGGAAGUGGAAUGCGGGAGCCUCAGCCUCACAGCCCACCGGCCCCCCGGAAGCGGAAACAGUAUCCCAGCGUGCCCCUUCCUCAUUGCCCUCCAAAUCCCGCUGCAGCCAUUGCCGCAGCCACGAUGCCUAAACGAAAGAAGCAGAAUCAGCAACAGCCACCACCGCAUCAGCAGCAGCCCCCACUCCCCGAGCGGGAAGAGACUGAAGAUGAGGAGGAUGGGAGUCCCAUCGGACCACCCAGCCUUCUGGGCCCUCCUCCCAUGGCCAAUGGAAAGCCUGGUGACCCCAAGUCAGCCCUUCACAGAGGUCCUCCAGGAUCAAGGGGUCCGAUGAUUCCACCACUGCUGAGUCUCCCACCUCCUCCCCGGGGUAGAGGCCCAAUUCGGGGAGGCCUCGGCCCUAGGUCUGGCCCGUACGGUCGUGGCUGGUGGGGAGUCAGUGCUGAACCUCCUUUUCCGGGUCCAGGCCAUGGGGGUCCCUCCAGGGGAAGCUUUCAUAAAGAGCAGAGAAACCCUCGAAGGCUCAAAAGCUGGUCUCUUAUCAAGAAUACCUGCCCACCCAAGGAUGAUCCCCAGAUUAUGGAAGACAAAUCCGACCGCCCUGUUUGCCGACACUUUGCCAAGAAGGGCCACUGUCGAUAUGAGGACCUCUGUGCCUUCUACCACCCAGGCGUCAAUGGACCUCCUCUGUGAGGCUGUGCCUUCCCAUCCAGGCUGGAAGGAGCCCUCUGUGACCUAGUGGCCAUGUAUUUCCCUGUGGCCCUGUGAUGGCUACUGCAAGGCUCUUCCACCCAACACCCUCAGUCAGUGACACAACCACCCUCAUCUGCCAUCUCCCCCAUUUGGGGUCCAAAGUUGUGUUUCAUCAAGGUGCACGGUGUGUGCGCUUUCUUCUGAUCCAGCCUCCAGAGACUCGCCUUCUGGACCCCAUCUUUGCUCCCUUUAACUGCCUCCUGGAUCUUCCCCCUCGCCAAAUGACUGCUGAACAGGAAACCUCUUUGGUGCUGUUUCUUGUGCAUCGUCUACCCAACCCCAGUAUUGCCCUUGAUUCCUGAGAGCCCUGGAGCGGUUUCCAACCAUUCCCUUCUGGCUGCUUGUUUUAAGUCCUUUUUAUGUGACAUCCCCUACCCCCGAUGUUGUCAGCUGCUCGUGAAACUCACCAGGUUGUCUAACCUAGGAUCAAGUGUGGGUGACUGGUACAGAGUUACUCCCUGAAAGGCCACUCUCCCUGCUUUUGGAUUUUGUAGUUUCUCUGUCAGUAGCAUGAUCCCCACCACUAUGGUCUGUGAUCACUGUGCUUUGUGAAACUGUGCAUCCCCUCAUAGCCUUUCUCGGUGUCCGUGGCAUUUUUGUGACUUCCCGACACUAGAAUAAGUUUUUCUGCCAAAAUGAGCAAGGCUCUUGGUGCCCUCUAGACUUUCCCUACUUCCCAACACAGGAGGAUUGUGAAACCUUCCACAAGACUGCCUCCUUGGACCUCCCCAUUCUCCUGGUGUUGGUUAUUUUGGGUCUGACACAGGCCCAUGAGAUGUCUUUUAAAGCCUCUGAUGGGCCUACCCUACUACCUAGCUCCUCCAGCCCGUUUAGUUCAACUAUGUCAUUGUGAGGCCACCAGCCCUUUCAUUUGAAUUCUGUGAAUCUCCACCUGGCCUAUCUUUGGGUGGAAACUGGACAGUACUGUUGCCCUCUUUCAACCUUCUUCCCCUACAUCCCUGGCACUGGUUGUUUUCUGUGAAAACGGCAGUGAACAGGUUCAGUUUUGAACUGGCCCUGAGGAAAUGGGUCAGGAGUUGUGUGGGCAAGAGGGACGGAUGAGAGCCGUUGGAGAACUGAGAAUGAGUUUUUUUUCUUUUUAACUUUUUUUUAUAUUAGUAAUAAACGCAGUGGAAACAAGUAUUUUCUUUAA